AUGGGAAGCCCGUCUUCCAUUUCUUUUUCCCUUUCCCCCUCCCAGGAGAGAGUAAGAUCACUCACUGCAAGUACUACGGACACAAAAGAAGUUAUUUGGACGGAUAAUCUGAGAGAAAGGAUGGCUGCUGUUGAAGAAAACUGGCAGAUGAAACUAUCAACCAUUAAGGAAAGAACCACGGUUAUUUUUAACAACGAGUUAUUGAGCGAUGUAAAGUUUAUGGUUCCUGUUUCGGAAGCUGAAAGUGAAACCCGGAAGACGAUUCCAGCCCACAAGCUUGUGCUUGCUAUCAGCAGUCCUGUCUUCUAUGCCAUGUUUUAUGGGCAACUGGCGGAGGCUAAAGACUGUAUUGAACUGCCUGACUGUGAGUACGACAGUCUGUUGGAGUUCCUUCGAUACUUGUACAGCGAUGAGGCGAAUCUAACCGGAAGUAACGUGAUGCAUGUUCUGUACUUAGCGAAUAAGUACAUGGUACCUUCACUUGCAGAGAAAUGCGGUGAAUAUCUACGAGAAAACCUAUCAACAACCAAUGUGUUCUCCAUUCUUCCACACGCUCGGAAAUUUGAGGAUAAAGAUUUGGAAGGUCUAUGCUGGCAAGUGAUCGAGGAGAACACAGAGGAAGCUGUGACGUCAGAUGAUUUUGUCACGCUUGAGCGAUCUCUUACUGAGAGUGUUGUGAAGAGGGAAAGACUUACCGUAAAGGAAGUGGAUCUGUUCAAAGCUGUAGAUCGCUGGGCGACUAAAGAAAGUGACAGGAAAGGAAUAACUACUGAUGGCGAGUCAAAAAGGAGAAUAAUAGGAGAGAACAUUUUAAAGGCCAUACGGUUUCCAAUGAUGUCACAGAAGGAAUUCGUCUCCGUUGUUUUUGAUUCCAAAAUUCUUAAUUUUCAAGAGAUUAGUGAAUUAAUGAAGUACUAUAGUGAUGUUGAGUUAACCUCUCCUUUACCAUUUAUAAAAUUCCCAAGGCUUAUAUGCUAUAGAGUCUACAGAUUUUCUGUUUACCAGCCACCAGGAGUUGAUCGCUCCUGGGCAUAUUCUGGUAAAACUAAUGAUGGAAUUUUUUUCUCUGUGAACAAGUCUGUUAAGUUGCACGGUAUUCAGCAUUUUGGCCGUGAAGGUUGCCAGUACACAGUUUCUACUGAAGUUAAUGAUACUACAAAUAAGUUUUCACUGGUAAAGAAAACAGGGUCUUACAUAUCAGAAAUAGAUGAGAAGCAUGAGUAUUUUGGCUUCACUGUUUGUUUUGAUUCCCCACUUCAGUUACACGAGGGCAAGAGAUAUGAGGUCAGGUCACUCAUACAAGGACCCUUAUCAUGGUAUGGAGAAGAGGGGAACCCAUUCCUUGAGUGUAGUCAAGUACAGUUCAAUUUUUAUCGCUUUACCAGUAGUAGCAAUGGAACAACUGAAUUAAGAGGUCAGUUUGCUGCUUUUCUUUUCAGCAAGUAA